AUGGUAACGUCAUGCCUAUAUUUGACCAGAGUUCUCUCUUUCAUCAUCUCACAAGCCUAUAAAUGGGAGGAAAAGUGUCAGUGUGUGUUGUUUUUUUUUUCCCUUUCUCUCUCUCACACUCUCUUUCACUCUCUCACACUCUCUUUCUCUCUCUCACACUCUCACAUACACACACGCUCUCUCUCUCUCAUGCUCUCUCUCUCUCUCUCUCUCUCUCUCUCUCUAUGCUCACUCUCACUCAUAGACGAUAGAAAUAUGGACAAUCUGAAAAUACCUGCCCUUAAUCCCUGGCUGAUACCAGUAAGACUUCAUCCAGGCUGUUUGCUUCUUCAGUCUACCAGUCAACAUGAUGACCUGCUCUUCUUGGGUUAUCGCUUAACAGUUUGUUGUAAAGGAGCCACUUAUGGGUGGGGAGAUGACUGCGAGGUAUUCUCAGCCCUUGGGUGCACAGCUGAAAACAAGUUCCUGCCCCAGAUCACCCUCAAUCUCACUCCCUAUCUUGCAUCUACAUGCUUUGUCUGUCUUCCUUGUAACUAUAUGCUUUCUCGCUCGUUUCUAUCUCUUGUUUUGUUUUUGUCUGUCUCUCUCAUCUUGUUUUUGUCUUUCUCUCUCUCAUCUUGUUUUUGUCUUUCUCUCUCUCAUCUUGUUUUUGUCUUUCUCUCUCUAAUCUUGUUUUUGUCUGUCUCUCUCUCAUCUUGUUUUUGUCUGUCUCUCUCUCAUCUUGUUUUUGUCUGUCUCUCUCUCAUCUUGUUUUUGUCUGUCUCUCUCUCAUCUUGUUUUUGUCUGUCUCUCUCUCAUCUUGUUUUUGUCUGUCUCUCUCUCUCUCAUAUCUUGUUUUUGUCUAUCUCUCUCUCAUAUCUUGUUUUUGUCUGUCUCUCAUAUCUUGUUUUUGUCUGUCUCUCAUAUCUUGUUUUGUUUUCUCAUAUCUUGUUUUUUGUCUGUCUCUCAUAUCUUGUUUUGUUUUCUCAUAUCUUGUUUUUGUCUGUCUCUCAUAUCUUUGUUUUUGUCUGUCUCUCAUAUCUUGUUUUUUGUCUGUCUUCAUAUCUUGUUUUUGUCUGUCUCUCAUAUCUUGUUUUUGUCUGUCUCUCAUAUCUUGUUUUUGUCUGUCUCUCAUAUCUUGUUUUUGUCUGUCUCUCAUAUCUUGUUUUUGUCUGUCUCUCAUAUCUUGUUUUUGUCUGUCUCUCAUAUCUUGUUUUUGUCUGUCUCUCAUAUCUUUUUUGUCUGUCUCUCAUAUCUUUUUUUGUCUGUCUCUCAUAUCUUGUUUUUGUCUGUCUCUCAUAUCUUGUUUUUGUCUGUCUCUCAUAUCUUGUUUUUGUCUGUUCUCAUAUCUUGUUUUUGUCUGUCUCUCAUAUCUUGUUUUUGUCUGUCUCUCAUAUCUUGUUUUUUGUCUGUCUCUCAUAUCUUGUUUUUUGUCUGUCUCAUAUCUUGUUUUUUGUCUGUAUCAUAUCUUGUUUUUGUUUCAUAUCUUGUUUUUGUCUGUCUCUCAUAUCUUGUUUUUUUGUCUCUCAUAUCUUGUUUUUGUCUGUCUCUCAUAUCUUGUUUUUUGUCUGUCUCUCAUAUCUUGUUUUUUGUCUGUCUCUCAUAUUUUGUUUUUUUGUCUGUCUCAUAUCUUGUUUUUGUCUGUCUCUCAUAUCUUGUUUUUGUCUGUCUCUCAUAUCUUGUUUUUGUUGUCUCUCAUAUCUUGUUUUUGUCUGUCUCUCAUAUCUUGUUUUUGUCUGUCUCUCAUCUUGUUUUUGUCUGUCUCUCAUAUCUUGUUUUUGUCUGUCUCUCAUAUCUUGUUUUUUUGUCUCUCAUAUCUUGUUUUUGUCUGUCUCUCAUAUCUUGUUUUUUGUCUGUCUCAUAUCUUGUUUUUUCUGUCUCUCAUAUCUUGUUUUUUGUCUGUCUCUCAUAUCUUGUUUUUUGUCUGUCUCUCAUAUCUUGUUUUUGUCUGUCUCUCAUAUCUUGUUUUUUUUUGUUUUAUCUUGUUUUUGUCUGUCUCAUAUCUUGUUUUUGUCUGUCUCUCAUAUCUUGUUUUUGUCUGUCUCUCAUAUCUUGUUUUCGUUUUUUCUCUCUCUCUCUCUCGUUUUCGUUUUUUCUCUCUCUCUCUCUCUCGUUUUCGUUUUUUCUCUCUCUCUCUCUCUCUCGUUUUCGUUUUUUCUCUCUCUCUCUCUCUCUCGUUUUCGUUUUUUCUCUCUCUCUCCUUCCUUCCUUCCUGCGCUUUGGCUCUCACUCACUCACAUUCAUCCUUGGUUGAUAUUUAGUGCAUUUAUAAGGAAUAGCAAAAGUUUAAUAUCUCUCUCUCUUUCUCUCUCUCUCUCUCUCUAUCUCUAUCUCUAUCUCUAUCUCUCUCUAUCUCUCUCUCUCAUUAGGAAUUGCAAAAAACUUGGGUUGAUAAACCAUAAAAAAAUCUCUUUUCCAUCGUCUCCACUUUUCCCCUCUUCUCGUCGUCUCCUCCUUCCCCCGCUCUUCUCUUGUCGUCUCCUCCUUCCCCCACUCUUCUCUCGUCAUCUCCUCCUUCCCCCGCUCUUCUCUCGCCGUCUCCUCCUUCCCCCGCUCUUCUCUCGUUGUCUCCUCUUUUUUCUUUUUUUCUCUUCGUCUCUCUUUUUCCCGCUCUUCCUCGUCGUCUCUCUUUUUUCUCUUCUCUCGUCGUCUCCUUUUUUCCCCGCUCUUCUCUCCGUCGUCUCCUCUUUUUUCCCCGCUCUUCUCUCGUCGUCUCCUCUUUUUUCCCCGCUCUUCUCUCGUCGUCUCCUCUUUUUUCCCCGCUCUUCUCUCGUCGUCUCCUCUUUCCCCCCCUCUUCUUUUCGUCUCCUCUCUUCUCUCGUCGUCUCCUCUUUUCCCCCCUCUUCUCUCGUCGUCUUCUCUUUUCCCACUUCUCUCGUCCUUCUUUCUCCCUCCCCUCUCUCCCUUCCCCCCUCUUCUCUCGCCUGUUCUUGCCCUCUUGCCUCUUGCUGUCUUCUCUUUGUGCAUUUUACGAUUUUCAAUAUUUUUCAAUUGCUUUUACUAUUCUUCCCUUUAUUUUCUUCUUUCCUUCAGUUUUCCACCCUGUGCUUCUUUUCCAUUCUCUCCUUCUUUCUCCCACAUACAAUCCCUGUUUUUGCUUCUUUUCUCUCUCUCACUCACAUUGUUCCUCCUUUUCUCUCUUAUUCCUCCCCACACUUCUCUCUCUGUCAUUCCUCCCCACACUUCUCUCUCUGCCAUUCCUCCCCACACUUCUCUCUCCACCUUUUUGCUCUCUCUUAUUACUCUCCACACUGCCCUUUCUCUUUGAUACAUUUAUCCUAUGCUCUUUUCCCUACUUCUCUGGGAUUUGUCUUUCUGCUUUGA